UAAUUCGCUGGUCGACCAGCAGCAGAACACAACGCCUAUAAGUAAACCCCCCUCGCCUCGUCCAUCGAUGUGUGCACGGCACUACUUGCUUGCUCAUCUCGCAAUCCCGGCCAUCAUCACUUCAUCAGCCAUGACGAACGGGUACCUGUUCCGGGAGUACAUCGGCGCGCAGUUCACCGGCGUCCAGUUCACCGACGUGCCCAUCAACGCCAUGCUCAGCUUCCACUUCAUCCUCGCCUUCGCCAUCGACUACACGCCGGUGGGGCAGCAACCCACGCCGGCGCCGACCAACGGCGUGUUCCGCCCGUUCUGGGACACGGGCAGCCUGUCCCCCUCCGCCGUGGCCGCCAUCAAGGCCGCGCACCCGAACGCCGCCGUCAUGGCGGGGCUCGGCGGCGACAGCGUGCAGGACGUCGUCAAGGCCGUCUUCACCCCGGCGUCCGUCGACUCGUGGGUCGCCAACGCCGCGGCGUCGCUCACGGGCAUCAUCAACGCGUACGGGCUCGACGGCGUGGACGUCGACUACGAGCACUUCGCCGCCGCCGGCGCCGACGUGGGCACGUUCGUCGAGUGCAUCGGUCGGCUCCUGACGCGGCUCAAGACGGACAUGCUGUGGAUCACCACCUCCAUCGCGCCGUUCGAGGACCCGGUGGUCCAGAGCUACUACCAGCCGCUGUGGCGCAACUACUCCGGCGUCAUCGACUACGUCAACUUCCAGUUCUACGCCUACGGCGCCAACACCGACGUGCCCCUGUACGUGAGGUUCUACGACAACCAGACGGCGAACUACCCCGGCGCCACGGUCCUCGCCAGCUUCAUGACCGGCAACACGACCGGGCUGAUCUCGCCGGACCUCGGCAUCAGCGCUGGCCCAAGCCUGAAGCGGAGUGCAUGUCGCUGGCCCAAGCCUGAAGCGGACCUGGUGCUUGCAUGACGUGGUUCAAGCAUGAAUUGGAUUAAUUGCUGGCUAUUUAUGGGUUAGGAGUAACCUAUUGGAGUUUUGCCCAAUGAAGAAGGUUAAUGAGGCAACAACUACGGGAGUUUUACAAGUAUCUGCAUGGAAAUUAUGAGGAAGGUUAUUCUUCUGUAGCGUCGUGACUCCUUGGUUAUUUGGUUCUGGUCCUUCAGUAGCCUCUCCACCUUUUCAGUUUCCUAAGCUGAGAUAAAAGGCAAGACUCGCUUGCUACAGUUUAGUGAUUGAACGCGCACUGGUCUCCACAAUUCUGCUGCACCCAAAAGCAUCUCCGUUCUAGUUCUUGCGCGCACAAGGACUGGAAGAGUAGGCCUCUGAA